GGUAAACUGAACUAGGACUGUUGCGAGGAUGAAAAGUAGUGCGGCUGCAGAUGUGCAGGUUGAUGAAGAAAGGCCUGAUAGCAACGUUCAAGAUGUAGUCCCUGCUGAAGACGACAAACAUUCCGGUCAAGUCGACCAAAACACUAUACAGCCUACAGAAGAUGGAAGCGAACUAACUGACCUGUCUGAAGAGAAAAUACCCGAGGAACCACUAUCUGACCACGAACGGCAUUUACUAUUUGAGAAAGGAAUCAAAUUCAAGAAGAAAGGGAACUUACAGCAUGGUCUCUAUUGUCUGCUGGCCUGUGUGCGAGGACUGAAAGAUGGAUCUGAAUUUCAACAACUUCCAGAGUGCCUUCAUAAUAUAGCAGAGAUUUACAGCCAACUUGGAGAUUAUGAGAAUGCUGUUUCAUUUGCCCAGGCUGAGAAACUUUAUUAUGAAACAUCACUUAUCAGUGUUGGAAAUGAACUCCAGUCAACACAGAAUGAACCAGAUAAUACUGGCAGUUUCACUACAUCUGACAAGAGUACAGGAGACAAAGUAUCCCAGCCUGAGGUCAAGGAUGAUCCCCAAGGACAGUCGACUGAGGCUCGGUCAGCAAAUGAAUAUGAGAAGCUAGCACACAUGUGCUUGAAGCAGAAAGAUGCUCAGCUGGCACUAGAGUACUGUGGCAAGGCUGUAAAACUGCGCCAAUCCAUAUAUGGAGAAGAACAUCCCAUAACCAAACGUACACUGGAUCUUUUCACUGUCAUAUAUGCUGAGAUGGGAAAGGAGCAAUAUACAGCCGCCAUGCAGAAAUUCAACAAAUCCAAGCAGUCUGACGAGGCGAGUCCCGAAAAAGCCACACAGUCUCCAGAAAGUACUGAGUCAGCAAAAGAGACAAGUGCCGAGUCAGCAAAAGGGAAUGUCAAAGAGAACGGAGACACAGCAGUGGAUUCAAGGCCAACCCCCGCUGGAGAGUCUCACGAGGAGGAACAUGACACGACCGCACCUGACGCACAAGUAAACAGUACGUGUUGGAGUUUAGCUACACUUGGGCAACCUCGACCCCAGGCUCUCUCUCAAGGCAAAGAAGAGAGAGCCUGGAAUCGAGGUUGAUAGUGAGAUGAAUCUACGCGUGAACACAUCUCGAACGUUGCACGAUUCGUCAUCAUGAAUGAACAAAUUUAUUAGUUUCUAAAGAAACUGUUGUGCUGUGUGGACAGGGAAGUGAAACACUUAGCUAAGUUGAAAAUGAUAAGGGUAAAUUAACUGUUUAUUUCUCGUUCUUGAAGCGUGA